AUGGAAAAAUCAACCACUUUACUCACACUUGAACAUGAGUUAAUCAACAAAAUUCGCCAAAUUCAGAAGGCCAUUUACCACGAAGAACAUAAACUCCAUCAAGAAAUCGCAACCUCCCUCACCAUAUCUAACCCAAUGGGCUAUUCCAAAAAGCGACAUAUCCUCUUCAUAACCUCAGUCCCUACUUCCAAGACUUAUCCACCAACCGACCCUCCCAUUCGCCCUUUAUGCUCAAUGCAACAGGACCGACGUGUGGGUCUCUAUUUCUCCAAAAGUAAGCAUUUUCCACCUCUCCUUGCCCAAAUCUCUUCUUUAAUCUCUCUUCUAAAAAUUGCACUUCUCACCACUCAGUCGGCCAAAACCUGUAAACUUUCCCUUCUCAAGCAGAGAUUACUCAUGCAGGCGUAGAGACUUAGGAGAGGGCAUCUUGGGCAGAGAGAGUGCCAGGAACAGAACUUGGGGCUGGAGGGAUAGAUAAGGGAAUGUAUAUGGGGAUAAUUAGAACACACUUGGAGAUAUAGUGAAGGCUUAGUGGUUUAUUGAGAUUGUUGUGAAUUAAAUGGGAUUUUAAUACACACAAUAAAAACAGAACAAUUUUGGAAAAUCUAAAGACAUCAAAGAUAGAUAAACUAAGUAUUUCAAAUUACGGAAACUCAAGAUGAGUCACUACAAUUCCAAAAGUCUUCAGAUCGAUUACGAGGUCACUCUGCACCUUCAGUGGCACAAUGGUCCUCUUCAAGCUGACCAUUUCUUCUUCCUAAACUCUUACUCCUGCUCAAGGCUAGUUCUCUAGCACAAGCUGUGACCUUGUCAUGGGCCAGUGUGAUCUAUGAUAAGGUCAGAGGAAUUACCAGGGGGAAUAGGUGAUUGGGGAAUUUGAAGUUUGUUAAUUGAGCGGUGUAUUCAGGUUGGGAAGAUAAUCCUCAGAAAUUGGUCGAUCUUAUUGAAAUCAUCGACCAAGUUAUUGAACAGAAAGGUGUGGGGAAUCUUAAAAUAAAAGAUGCAUAUGUUUCACCAGAAUUAGUGCUAUCUAUUCAAAGGAGAUUUCCUUAUGUAGUCCAUGAAGAUAAGCAAACUAUGCAGUCAAACCAAAUUUUCUUACCACGGCUUGAAUUAGGCCAUUCUAACCAAACUACUCUUCAGUCAUCUCAUACAUAAUGUCGCAUACUUAA